CUGGACUGCAAGUCUCACUAUCCCUGACCAUUGGCUGUGCUCGCUGUGGCUAUUGGGAUUUGCAUUCCAACAUCAUCUGGAGGACCUCAAGUUGAGGAAGGGGAACGCUACUUACAAGGAGGGGUAUCUCACGGAACUCCUAAGAUGUUUCCCUUAAAGGAUGCUGAGUUGGGAGCCUUUACCUUCUUUGCUUCUGCUCUUCCCAAUGAUGUUUGUGGAAGCAACGGCCUGCCCUUGACACCAAACUCCAUAAAGAUCCUGGGACGCUUUCAGAUUCUUAAGACAAUUACGCAUCCUAGGCUCUGCCAGUAUGUGGACAUUUCCCGUGGAAAGCAUGAGAGGCUAGUGGUUGUUGCGGAACACUGUGGAAAGAGUCUGGAAGAUUUGCUUCGAGACAGGAAACCAGUGAGCCCUUUUAGGAUUUCAUGUAUCGCCUAUGAAGUGCUACAGGGCUUGCAGUAUAUGAACAAGCAUGGAAUAGUCCACCGUGCACUUUCACCUCACAACAUCCUCAUGGAUCAAGAGGGUCAUGCUAAACUGGCUAAAUUCGGCCUUUACUACAUGACAGCUUAUGGUGCCGAUGUUGAUUUUCCUAUAGGGUAUCCAUCAUACCUGGCACCGGAGGUAAUUGCACAGGGAAUUAUCAAAAACAGUGAUCAUAUGCAAAGUGAAAAGCAUCUCCCUUCGGGCCCCAAGUCAGACGUGUGGUCCCUUGGUGUUAUAUUAUUUGAGCUUUGUGUGGGCAGAAAGCUGUUCCAGAGUUUGGAUAUAGCCGAAAGACUAAAACUUAUACUUAAUCUUGGAUGUGUAGAUGAUAUCAUAACAGUCCUAGCUGAAGAACAUGGUUGUCUUGACAUCAUUAAGGAACUUCCUGAAAAUACUUUAACGCUACUGAAGAAGUGCCUUACAUUCCACCCUUCUAAGCGACUUAUUCCUGACAGGUUACUGAAUGACCCUGUAUUGAGUGAAAUCUCAUCUUUAUACCCAGCCUUCCACAAACCUUCCAGCCUUUUCUCACCCACUUUAAGAUGUGCUAACUUAACUCUUCCUGAGGAUAUUAGCCAGCUGUUUAAAGAGGAAAACUCUGAUUACCUAGCAGAAAGGUCGAUAGAAGAAGUUUAUUAUCUCUGGUGCUUGGCUGGAGGAGACUUGGAGAAAGAGCUUGUCAACAAGGAAAUCAUUCAUUCGAAACCACCCAUCUGCACUCUUCCCAUUUUUCUGUUUGAGGAUGGGGAGAGCUUUGGACAAGGGCGGGAUAGAAGCUUCCUUUUCGACGACACAACUGUGACUCUCUCCCUCUGCCAGCUCAGAAACAGGCUGAAAGAUGUCAGUGGAGAGGCGUUUUAUCCCUUGCUUGAAGAUGACCAAUCAAAUAUACCCCAUUCAAACAGUAAUAAUGAAUUAUCUGCUGCUGCUAAUCUUCCUCUUAUAAUCCGAGAGCGGGAUACAGAAUACCAGCUAAACAGAAUUGUCCUUUUUGACAGGCUGCUGAAGGCCUAUCCAUACAAAAAAAAUCAAAUUUGGAAAGAAGCCAGAGUCGACAUUCCUCCACUAAUGAGAGGUCUAACGUGGGCUGCCUUACUUGGAGUAGAGGGUGACAUUCAAGCAAAGUAUGAUGCCAUUGACAAGGACACUCCAAUUCCUACAGAUAGACAAAUUGAAGUUGACAUUCCUCGCUGCCAUCAGUAUGAUGAAUUGCUGUCAUCGCCAGAGGGUCACGCAAAAUUUAGACGGGUACUGAAAGCAUGGGUAGUUUCGCAUCCCGGUCUAGUAUAUUGGCAAGGUCUUGACUCCCUUUGUGCGCCGUUCUUAUACUUAAAUUUCAACAAUGAAGCCCUGGCCUAUGCCUGUAUGUCUGCCUUUAUUCCAAAAUACCUGUAUAACUUCUUUCUGAAAGACAAUUCUCAUGUGAUUCAAGAAUACCUGACAGUUUUUUCCCAGAUGAUUGCAUUCCAUGACCCCGAGCUGAGUAACCAUCUCAACGAAAUUGGCUUCAUUCCAGAUCUGUAUGCCAUUCCUUGGUUUCUCACAAUGUUUACACAUGUCUUUCCGUUGCACAAAAUAUUUCAUCUGUGGGAUACAUUACUGCUUGGGAAUUCUUCUUUCCCUUUCUGUAUUGGAGUGGCUAUUCUGCAGCAGCUGAGGGACCGGCUUCUCUCUAAUGGAUUCAACGAAUGCAUUUUGCUGUUUUCUGAUUUGCCAGAAAUUGACAUAGAACGUUGUGUCCGUGAAUCAGUCAAUCUUUUCUGCUGGACCCCUAAGAGUGCCACAUACAGACAAUAUGCACAGCAUCCCAAGCAAGCCGGAGAGGGCAACUGUUCAAGAAGUUUAAUGUCUUCUUUCUCAUCUGACUAUCAGGAUGCUCCCAGGAGUGAUCUGUCCAGGGAUUCUAUCAAGUUGAAUGAUCUGAAAUCAGAAGUAUCACCGAGGAUCUCGGCUGAAGAUUUGAUCGACUUGUGUGAGCUGACAGGACCUGGUCAUUUCAAGACUCCAACAAAGAAAACAAAAUCUAGCAAGCCCAAGCUGCUUAUCGUUGACAUCCGUAACAGCGAGGACUUUAAUCGAGGGCAUAUAUCUGGCAGCAUCAACAUCCCAUUUGGAUCAGCAUUCACUGCUGAAGGAGACCUCAUCCAGUGCCCUGCUACUUCCACUCUUCAGAGCUUUAAAGGGAGAGUUGUUGUGGUUGUAGGUCACGUGGCAAAGAAUACAGCACUGUUUGCAGCUCACCUGGUGAAAAUCAAAUAUCCAAGGGUUUGCAUUUUGGAUGGAGGCAUCAACAAAAUCAAGCCAACUGGUCUGCUGACAGUUCCUUCUCCACAAAUAUGAGUGAGAAGCUUGCAUUUUUUAUCAACAAUACGAGAAGAUUCUUUAUGGGCAUUACAGCACCUGGAUUGCAAUAGCGACACAUAUUUUUUAUGGCUUUCCAUUGUGAUUUUGCAGGAAAUACUGUAGUAUUCUUUCAUUUCACCUUUUUGCUGGAUAAAAAAGUGGAGCUUUACAAUGUACGAUGUCACCCCAAGUCAUCUAAGAUCAUCAUGGCAAUGAACUUCAACUGCUAUUUUUAAAAUCUGCACACAUUCUCUCAAAGUAUUCAUGCAAAAAUAAGUGAAUUGUUUUAAAGUAAAUGUUUCAGCGAGCAAACACUUUAAAUUAAUGGGAUGCAAUCAACUCAUGCAGAUCCGAUAAUGUUAGGCUUUUGCACAUUUCCCUUUCAAAGAGUUCUGUUGUCUUAUUUCUCUUUUCUUGUUUAUUUCUAGUGCUCUUACUUUUUUAAAAGAUACUGGUAUCAAUAAAAAAGCAUGCCUCUACUCUUGGCAACAUUUAAAAAACCA